AUGUCCACACUGAUAGACGGCUCGAAGCGGCCUAAGGAUGGAGUUAGUCUAUUAUUCGAUGAGUCGUUGGAGAUGUAUUCGUUGGGCUCGUCACAUCCGAUGAAGACCUGUCGAGCGGCAAUGGUGGUGGACAUCUUACGGAGCACCAACUGUCCCGUCAAUGUCGUUGAAGAUUCUCGUGAUAAGGAGAUGAAGGAUGAGGAUCAGAUCAGUGGUCGGCUCGAUCAUGGCGUUAUGUCCUAUUUCCAUUCAAGUGAUUAUCUAGAGACUGUCCGUCAAGUCGGCCUGUACCGAGCCACUGGGGGUAUUGGUUACCUCACCACGCCUGAGGCGAGUCAGCGGAUACUCUCAAAGUACAAUAUUUCGGUGGACGCUGGCAGGCCCACAGUGGGAGAUCGUCAGGGAGGGCAUGAAGGAGACUGUCCGGGUUUCAGUAACAUGUAUGAGUUCUGUAACCUCUAUACCACAUUGACGGUAUCGGCAGCACGUCGAUUGGCGGAGGGGAAAGAUCGUAUUUGCCUCAACUUUCAUGGAGGAAUGCAUCACGCCAAACAGAGCGCAGCCUCGGGCUUCUGCUACGUCAAUGACUGCGUUGUGGGGAUUAUAGAGCUGCUACGUCAAGGCUUCAAACGUGUAGUUUACAUCGAUGUGGACAUCCACCAUGGGGACGGUGUGGAGGAGGCCUUUUUCACAACGGAUAAGGUCUUAACGAUAUCUUUCCACAAGUACGGUAACGGCUUCUUCCCGUCUACAGGGGCGAUAAACGACAUUGGUCUUGGUAGUGGCCGAGGGCAUGCUAUUAACGUACCACUCCAUGAAGGAAUCGGGGAUGCAACGUAUAUUGAGGUAUUCAAGAGAGUUAUUGAUGCCGCUUUUGAGAAGUUCAAACCCGAGGCUAUCGUGUCUCAGAUGGGUGCGGACUCCUUGGCUGGCGAUCGACUCGGCUGCUUUAAUCUAUCGCAUGUUGGUCACUCAGAGACGGUGAUGCAUCUCGCGUCCUAUGGAUUACCAAUGAUCGUGCUCGGUGGAGGAGGGUAUACUCUCCGUAACGUACCGAGAUGCUGGGCUUAUGAGACGUGUAAACUGGCUGGGGUUGACCCACCUAGUGAGCUACCAGAGGAUUCCCAGUACGCCCACUUCUACAAGAUGUCUGACCAUGAUCCUCUCACUCUUGAUGUACGGAUAAGCAACAUGCUGGAUCGGAACACCCCUACGCAACUGCACAGUGUUGUUGAGACCAUUACUGAGAACUGCCGUGAAUACCUCGGCCGUUCGCCUCUGUAG